AUGGAACUUAACCUGGCUGAGUUUCCAGUUGAAAAGUUUUUCAACAACAUUCCACCUAAUCAGAUAUGUUUGCAAAUCUUUUACGAUGCUGUCAGCAAAUUGUACUUCGAAGGAGUCCCACACAUGGUCGACAUUCGACACCAUGGCAUCCUACUCGAAUCAGCAAAAGAGAAACAUCUUGAAAACCCUAGAAACCCAACUUUACGCGAUGAUUAUCAAGCCAAGUGUCAACGAUACUCAAAUACCCACGACAAACUACAUCCCAUCAUACUCAAAACUGCCGAGACCCUUGAACAUGCCUCGCGCAUACAAUCAGCACAUAUGUUUCGUGAUAUCGUGCAUGCUUGCCAAUCAGCCUCGGUUCAACUGUCGUCGGAUUGUAGUACAUCAGAUCGUUUACGAGCUCUGGAAAAUGAAAUGUCCGAAUCAAAGGCGUCUUGCCAACAACUUGAGAUGAGGGUACAAGAACUACAGGCAGAAGUGACUCAAUUGAAUCUCAAAGGUCAAUAUUUAGCCAAUGAGUUGACAACUCAGGGGGAAAAAUUUCAUCAGUGGCAAAUUAAACAGCAAGACCACACGGCUCGAAAACUAGAAGAAAUCAAUUCAUCAUUUCGGAACGAACUCAACCAUUUCAAGAAACUUAAUGUUGGAGCUUUGGAAGAUCUCACGAUUCGUUGUGAAAAGAAUGAAUCACAAAUAGAGAAACUUCAAUCAUGGUCAACAACACUUCAAAGUUCCAAGCCGAUUCACCAGACUUCUCAACCCCCUGGCAGCCCGAAUAAAUCUAUGUCACCUCUUACUGGACCAACAACAACACCAAUGUCGAUACCAAAUCCAGUUUCCACUUCUGGCGUGACAACUGUGUCCGGAACGAUUCAAGAGAGAGGGGCCCCGAGUCAGCAUCGUGCCCAAGAGUUGCCGAUGCCCCACUCUUAUGAUCCUGUCACUACCCAUGAUCGGGCGUUCACUUACGUUAUCUCUAAGCUUCGCCACUCCAGUCGAUUCCAAUCCGCUGUCCUCGACGUCAUUUCAGCUGGUGGCCCGCCUCCUAACUUUAAGCGAUUUCAAGACGCUGUCAUGGAUGCACUAUCGAUGGAGGGCUCCCUACCAACACUUGAUUCACAAGUGCGCAACCUUGCUACCCGAAUCUUACAAGUUGAGGAAGAUGUCAAGCAAAUAACAAACAGCGCUACAAGAGGUAAUCAGCUUAACCAAACUAUGGGUCGAUGA